AGGGUGUCGGGUCGUGGGAACAGUCGUAACCGAAAGCUUCUUUUUUUUUUCUUAUGAAAAGAAAACUCCCCGCCUAGAUAUAAUAUAUAUCCUAUGCAUAUCUCUUUCGACCUGGUGGCCGACUCGUGCUUCUUGCCGUGAGGAUGACUACUACCCAGCUCGCCGUCUCGGAUUCUGACAAGUAUGACUAUGUCAUCGUCGGCGGGGGCACGGCGGGCUGCGUCGUUGCUGCGAGACUGGCAGAGUAUCUCCCGCACAAGAAGGUCCUCUUGAUCGAGGCCGGUCCCAGUGACUUUACAGACGACCGCGUCUUGGAUCUUAAGCAAUGGCUGAGCCUGCUGGGCGGCGAGCUCGAUUUCGACUACGGCACCACCGAACAGCCGAUGGGCAAUUCCUUUAUCAGACACUCGCGAGCCAAGGUCCUGGGUGGCUGCUCGUCUCACAAUACCUUGAUCUCGUUCCGGCCUUUCCAAUAUGACCUGGAUAUUUGGCAGUCCCUCGGCGCCCGCGGAUGGACCUUUCCGGUCUUCAUGAAGGCGCUUGACAAGCUGAAGAACACCAUUCAGCCUGUGCACCCGAGGCAUCGGAACCAGCUGUGUAAGGACUGGGUCAGCUCGUGCAGCAGCGCACUCGACAUUCCGGUCAUCCCUGAUUUCAAUGCGCACAUCGCAGAAAACGGGUCGCUGAAGCCCAGCGUCGGUUUCUUUUCCGUCAGCUACAAUCCGGACAAUGGAAGGCGAUCCAGCGCGUCCGUCGCAUACAUUCACCCGAUCCUGAGGGGUGAGGAGAAGCGGCCGAAUCUUACAAUCCUUACCGAUGCGUGGGUAUCCAAGAUCAACGUCAGCGGCGACAGCGUUAGCGGCCUUAGCCUUACGCUCAAGAAUGGCUCCUCGCGUAACGUUAAAGCCAAAGCCGAGACGAUAUUGUGCGCCGGAGCCGUAGACACCCCGCGUCUUAUGCUGCUCUCGGGCCUCGGACCUAAGAAACAGCUGUCAGAUCUCGGCAUUCCCGUCGUCCGCGAUAUCACCGGCGUCGGCGAAAACCUCCAGGAUCACCCUGAGAGCAUAAUCAUGUGGGAGCUGAAAAAGCCGGUGCCGCCGAACCAGACGACGAUGGAUUCGGAUGCGGGGAUUUUCCUGCGUCGCGAAGCGCCCGGCGCCGGUGCCAAGAAGUCGACCGCGAACCCCCAGGGUCUUUCGGACGGCGACAUAAUCGACGUUAUGAUGCACUGCUACCAGAUUCCAUUUACGCUCAACACUCUCCGGCUCGGGUACCCUGAUAUUCCCGACGGCUACGCCUUCUGCAUGACGCCCAACAUCCCGCGACCGCGGUCCCGAGGCCGACUCUACCUCACAUCAGCAGAUCCACAGGUCAAGCCCGCGCUUGAUUUCCGGUAUUUCACAGACCCAGAGGGCUACGACGCGGCUACGUUGGUGUUCGGCAUGCGGGCGGCGCGCAAGGUGGCGGAGCAGGCGCCAUUCAAAGACUGGAUCAAGCGAGAGGUAGCGCCCGGACCGAACGUGCAAUCGGACGGAGACCUCAGCUACUACGCGCGCAAGGCGGCACACACCGUCUACCACCCGUGCGGGACGACGAAGAUGGGCGACACAGCCAAGGACAACCUCGCAGUCGUCGACGAAAACCUCAAGGUCAAGGGGCUGAAGAAUCUGCGCAUCGUCGACGCCGGAGUAUUCCCAACGAUCCCCACCAUCAACCCGAUGCUGACCGUGCUGGGUGUCGCGGAGAGGGCUGCCGAGCUGAUUGUUGAGGAGGUUAAAGGUCAGGAAAGGGCUAGGCUAUGAUGUUCAGGCUUGCCUAGGGAUGCUUUCAGGUUUGCUCGAAGCUGGAUCUGCUCUCAUCUUAUUACAGGAGGUGUCUUGUCGGGCGGUUGGAUAGGAGCUCUUGUUUGGGUUGAGUGGAUUUCUUCUCCGAGGACGAGUGAAUUGGUGAUAAUACCUACCAAUGCAGGGAAUUCUGGAGCUCGACAACGCACAGAAAUACCUAAUGAAAAAUAAAAUAAAAUAACAAUAAAAAGGUUGCGAACAGAGCAAUAUCUAAGGCAAAGCCAGCCAAACAUUUGUGUAAACCGCCUUGGGAGCGCCUGUAAAGAGUAUCACACAACAUCCAAGCAAUGGUGGAUGCGAAGUCUACGGCCUGGGUUAGGAGUUGAUGUGUGAUCGUGGGAGAGGAGUCUACAGAUCAGCCUAACUAGUCCCCUGAACCUCACCCUAAAGCGGGUCGCGGCUUCCUAAAGAUUCUAU